UGUCUCUGAUUGGUUGCGCGAGCUGUAGACGGCUUUCUGCGGCGGCGCGGGGUCUCGAGAGGUCGCUAAUUAGAGAGCAGACUUUUCCGAGCGGGUGCCGUUUACACGUGAGCUCCAAGUAGUUCCGGGCGGUGGCGCGCGCAGUGCACGCUCUGGUUCCCUCGCGCACAGUGACAGCUCGCGCUCAGCUCGGCGUCAUUCUCAAGCGCUGUGCACCCGGACACAACGCGCUCGCGCUCUCUCUCUCCUCUCUCUCUCUCUCUCUCUCUCGCGCGCGCGCGCUCUCAGCCACUUUCCGUCGGCUCAGAAUCGCACGCGCACCUCUGCCAAAGAAGCGGAUGAGAGAAGGUGGAAAGUUAUGGAUGAAAGAAUAUCACGACUGCAGGAUAGAGCGUUCCUCGAUCACGCAGACUUCCUGGGGGUCGAUUAUUCGUCUCUUUAUAUGUGCAAGUCGAAAAGAGGUAUGAAACGAGAGGAGGGAAAGGACGCUUAUAAAUUACCUCACAGACUCAUAGAGAAGAAGAGGAGAGACCGGAUUAAUGAAUGUAUUGGACAGUUGAAAGACUUAUUACCAGAACACCUUAAAUUAACGACUCUGGGUCACUUGGAAAAAGCGGUUGUGUUGGAGUUAACUCUGAAACACCUGAACGCUCUGACAGCCGUCACUGAACAGCAGCACCAAAAGAUCCUGGCACUGCAGAACGGAGAGCGCUCGCUGAAGUCCACCAUCCGAGCAGACUUGGACUCUUUCCACUCGGGAUUUCAGGCAUGCGCUAAAGAGGUGCUGAAGUACCUGGGCACAGUGGAGAAGUGGAGCAGCUGUGAGCAGAGGUGCACGCAGCUCAUCGAGCACUUGCACAAAGUUUUAGCACGACUCGUCCAGACGCAGUUAGGCACGCAGGAGAGGGAUGACCAGGCCAACUGUGUCCCCGUCAUCCAGAGGACUCAGAAUCCCGAGGCCAAUGAGAACGACACGGACACCGACAGCGGAUACGGGGGCGAGGCCGACAAGAGCGACGCCAGAGCUGAAAAAGCAUGCGACACAGUCCGAGUUAAAAUCAAGCAGGAGUUCGGGGACGAGCAUGUCGCCAAAAAGCCCAGAAUGAACUGGAGUGAGAAGAGCAGCACAGGAUUAAGCGCAGAGCAGCCAAACUUAGCAUUAAUGAACUCACUGAUGGGAAUGGCUGGAGUGGGGCAACAUACUCCAUUCUGCGUGCCGUUUUACUUCAUAAACCCAUCAGCAGCUGGGUCCUACAUGCCAUUUUUUGAUAAGAGCAGUCUGGAGAAGUUAGUGUACCCAGCGCUGAGUGGGCCCUUCCCGUGGCUCUACCCCGGGAUCACCGCGCACACUUCAGCUGCCACGGCUGCUGCUGCCACUGCUGCCGCUUUCCCUGGAGGAGGAUCUCUCGAGAAAAACCUGGGGUUCGGAGCUACUUCUAAAGAAAAAGACUGCUCUUCUCCCCUUAACGAAGUUAAACAAUCCAACAGGGUAGGUGCAUCCUCUCCUACUGACGAGGAACAGAACUCAGAUCCAGAUCUUAAUGAGGUCCAGAUCCAAAUGAAGGAAAGCAGUACUACAGGCUAAUCUAAUCUGAAAGAACACUUGGCCUUUCGCGCUCUUGUUGGCUUGUGACAUUGUGUGUUUAUAUAUCAGUCUAUUCCUUAAUUUAAUCAUCAUCAUCAUCAUCAUCAUCAUCAUUGAGUAUUCCGUGGCCUGUAGUGUUUCUAUGGAUUUACUGAUAAGCAGUUAUUUGUUAUUCUUCAUUUCUGAGUUUAAAGUGUGUGCAAAACAGGGUUUUGAAAAGGUCUUUCUGUAGGGACAUUGUACAGUAAUGGGGGACAUUGGAACAAAACCUAGUGCCUUUUGCACUGAAUGCUGACACUGGAAUGGGAAUCGACACUGACUGACAACAGCAUACAGUUGGUCUGUAUUGUAUUGGCUAUAGCAGAGUUUAUAUUUUAAAAAGAUUGGUUAAACUGAGACUUUGCUCUUAUUUGCUGAGGAAACUGAGUGUAUGUGCAAUACUGUCAAACUGAUCACUGAGUUAUAAGCUACUGCACCUCUUAUCAUUGAUUUGGAUUCAUAUUGGCAUCUUGGAUGUAUUGUCUGACAGUGACCUCAAGCAAGUUGAAACGACUGAUGCAGUACUUUUAGGAACAACUUUAUUUUUGGUAGAAUUUAGCCUAUACAGGAUUUUCCACUGAUAGUGCCACUUAUUUCAUGGGUUAAUCUUCAGUGCUUGAAAGCGUUACUUAAUAAAUACCUCAAGAUACUUUUGCAUUGAGAGCCAGAUUCAUUCCUACAGAUGCUCCUCUGGUAGGGGCAGUGCAGUGAGCUGAGUAAUCUUUGUUCGGGUGAAAGGAGUCUUCAUGUUUAGUCAGGCAGUACUUGUGAGUAGCCUUGUAAGUCUUUUGACUUACCGUUAUGACAGUCCUAUCUCUCUCCAUAAUAACUCAUUUGAACUCGAGUUUAAGUGAGGUGUGAAAUUACACGCUGGAUAUUUUGGUUUAGCAUGGGCUCGUCAUUCAUAAACAAUCUCGAAAAGUCUUUGUUAUAUGACAGCAUUGUGACACCAUCGAAAAUAAUUUGACCACUUCAGGACAAGUUUGUAGACAGUUUGGCUUAGUGAAUUACAAUUUCCAUGGGGAUUUUCUGAUGAAAGUCCCAUUUAGUCUAGCACAUGAAUCUGGAGUGGUCCACAUGGCCCUUGUGAUAAAACAUCUCACUAGGCCAAUGUGGAGAGCUACUGUAUAUGACCUGCAUCUCCGGAUAUGUUAGCACCUUGUGGAACUUUGAUAUUGAAUGUAAUCUGUUUUCUGUUGAUCUGACCGUUUGUAAAUAUUCUGAUAAAAUUAGAUCCACGAGGUAAAGUGCACUUGUCGAUGCCUUCUUUGUUCCUUCUAAAACUCUUCUCACACAUUAUUUAUAAUCCAUUACCCUUUGUAUUCUGCCUGUAAUUUAUAUAUACAGUAUAUAUUUUCUUAAAGAAAUCCUCAUGAUUAAAAGGCAAGUCAUGGACUAAAUGUAUAAAUACUGAAAUAAACUAUAAUAGCUUACUGUAUAGCGACACAAAUUUCAGUUCAAUUCUUCUGAAAGCUCUGUUAUGCAGCAAAUGCUUCUGCAAAUUAAUCUUAAAAAGCUUAUAUAAAUUCAGUAGACGUCUGGCUCAGUGAUUAGGGCAAAGACUUUUUUUUUUUGCUGAAGUUAGUACUGCCAUUAAUGCCAAUAUUUUGUAGCAACAUUAAUCACUACAAAAGUCCCAAUCAAGAAUCACCGCACUGAUCCGGAUGUUAUUAUUACAACUUAGUCUUUUGAAUAACUACAGUCAAACAUAGAAUGUGCAUAUACCAUGUUAUCUGUUGAUAUAUUUCAGAGCUGAUUCAUGGCACAAGAUUUGAAGUGAUUAGGAAUCUUGUGAAACAUGGUGUACUGCAUAUAAUCAGGAAAGGAUGCAGAAUACCUGGGCACUGGAGGAAAGGAUGAAAGAACGAAGGAUAUUAUUACAAGUUAUGAUCAAUGUCAGAUUCACUGCAACCAAUACCUUUCCAGUGGGCGCGAGUGUAUGUAUAUUUAAGCAAAAAUUGCCAUUUACUUUUGCAUAGAACACAUUUUAUAGGCCCCUUAUAGCCUCUUUGCCUCAACUGUCUUUUUGCCUAUGUAGUGGCAUGUGUAUGUAAAUAGUUUGUGAAUACGCAAAAAUGUCCAGUGUUUAUGUUGUAGAAGAAAUCUUUGGAUUUUAUAAAGGAUAAACCUAAGCAAAUGUUGCACAUUUCGCUAAUGCUUUACACUACUGCUGU